UCCGUCGCGUUUUGGGGCGGUACCAAGAUGGACUCUUCACGGGCCCGGGAACAGCUCCGUCGGCGAUUCCUUCUCUUGCCGGACGCCGAGGCCCAGCUGGACCGCGAGAGUAACGCCAGGCCGGAAACCUCCACAGCUGUUCAGAAAAAGGAGAAACCUCUUCCAAGACUUAAUAUCCAUUCUGGAUUCUGGAUUUUGGCAUCCAUUGUUGUGACCUAUUAUGUUGACUUCUUUAAAACUCUUAAAGAAAACUUCCACACUAGCAGCUGGUUUGUCUGUGGCAGUGCCUUGUUGCUCGUCAGCUUAUCAAUUGCGUUUUACUGCAUAGUCUACCUGGAAUGGUAUUGUGGAAUUCGAGAAUAUGAUGUCAGGUAUCCAGCCUUGAUACCUAUUACCACUGCCUCCUUUAUUGCAGCAGGAAUUUGCUUCAACAUUGCUCUAUGGCAUGUGUGGUCAUUUUUCACUCCGUUGUUGUUGUUUACCCAGUUUAUGGGGGUUGUAAUGUUUAUCACACUCCUUGGAUGAUUUUUGAAGAUAACCCCAUCCUGAGAUCUGCUGCCUUACACAGUGGAGGCUGUUUUCUGAGUGUCGGAUAACUCUGUUAUUAAAUAAGUGUAUAUUGAGAAUGCUUACUCCAGAUGCCUAGGGGCAUAGUGAAAAGGACAAAGUGCCUCCUGUCAGGUCACUUACAUCAGAACUUGCAGAAAAUCUGCUUUAUACAGCAGUUGACAGGUGUGGAAACUGAGGCCUAUGGAAAUGAAAGUUAAUACAGUAAAUUUUCAAGAUGUUAAUGAAAAACUGACAUUUCUGCCAACAGCAUGCUCUCUCUAUGGGAUUUAAAGGAAGGUCAGUGGUAACCAUGUACAGAAGAAAUGGACAUAGUCUCAUUGUUAGCAGUCUGAAAAUAGUUGCUAGCACCUCCAUGCCCGUUCCAAUGUCUGCAGCCUCCUUCAUGCACCCGCUGUGUCUUGGGAUCACUGGGAGCCCUCACUGGAGGCCCUUCAUUCCUAUACACUUGUGGUGCCACAAGCGGCUCUGGGCCUGGAGGAAUCCUGCACAUCUCAGAACACUUCCUCCCCUGACCCUGUCAGCCAUCUGUCUCCUCAUGUUCUCAGCCCCUUCUUUGGCUCUUCAAUUUUGAGUUUUUACAGAUGUUUGGGAGCUCUUUACUCUGACAUGAAUUUAUAAUUGGUAAUGGAGACUCAGACAGUGUUGUAGAUCACAGAGUGAACUAUGCUUUUUAGUGUUAAAUGCAAUAGCUUAAGAUAGAAUGUUUUCCUUGGUACAUAAAUGCUGGUUUUCUUUCAGAUUUAAGGACAUAUACUUUUUUUUUUUUUUUUUUUUGAAGAGACAGGGUCUUCUGUGUUUCCAGGCUGGCUUUGAACUCCUGGGAUCAAGUGAUCCUCCUGCCUCAGCCUUCAAAGUAGUUGGGACUACAGGCCCAUGCCACCGUGCCUGGCUGGACAUGUAAAUUUGAAGUGAAUGGUUAAACAUCCAGCUAGCUGAAAGUAUGGCAGACCCUCACAGAAAAGCUACAGUGUGUUUUUGCAACUAUGAAGUGAAUGGUUUCCUGGGAAAAAUUGUGACUUUGUAUAACUGUUGUUGAAAUCAGAAUAAAUUAUAUUUCACUUGCGUAUUCUUAAAUUAUUAAAAUUUUCAGAAGUCAGUGAUAUAGGAAUACUAUUUUGCAAUGUGAAUCCAUUUGAAUACUUGGAGAAGGUGGUUUCAUUAUAGGUGCAUAAUGCACUCUUAAUAUUUUAAACAAAUAGUUCACUCUUCCAUUUAAGGGAUAGCAGUUCCUUAUAUAAAAUGACUGGAUGUGUAUAAAGGAAUUAUGUUGUCAUGUGCCUUUAACCAGCUUUAGUAAUUACUAUAAUCUCAUAUUUAUGAUAGUUUUGUUAGGUACAGGACCAAAUGAAAGUAUUUUACGUUUUCCCAUCACUUUAGAUUUUAUCAUUGUGUAAAUUACUGGGUUUUUAGCAUUUCCUAAUGUGAAGUUUUAAUCAUUUUUAAGUAUACAUAUUUUUUUCUGUACUAUUUAAAUAAAAUAUUUUUAUAACUUU